ACGAAUGAAUAUAGUCACACCCGUACCGUGCAGGAAUAAACAUGGCGUCGUGGAGAACUGUGAACCGUGUUUAGUUUCUGAUUAGACGAAUUUUUCUGUCUCGACGAAUCCCCGGAUUAGCGUCACGAGCCGCCGUCGCCUCCGGACGUUCCUGAGGAUGCUACCUGAUUAUGGUUGACGUUCCGCCGAAAGCAUCACGCCAAAGAAAAUGAUGAAGAAAAAUAAGAAACGAAAGCUGGAAAGGGAGAAGCAGCUGAUGAUCAACUGGAAGCAAGAGAAUAUUUUCCCUGGCAGGUUGAAAUAUGAAAUGGAAUCUAUGUGGGAGAUCCCACAGAUAUUUCAUUUUCUUCACUUAGCAAGGGAAGCUUUGAACAUACCUCAUUUGUCUAUGUAUGAAAUGGAACGGAUGUUGUUAAUACCGAGAGCUUCGAAACAGUUGGCGAACAUUAUGACUUCUCUGCUAAGCUCCCCUGUUACCAAAGCGAAGUUGAGGAAAAUACCGCCCAUGCCAUACGAGUUCUGGACAAACAUUCUAGCCUACAAAAUGAAAACUUGGUUCAAAGUGUACGAAGGGAAACACAGGGAUGCGGUGAAGGUUCUAGAAACCAUCGGCGUUGAACCAGAGUUCUGGAAUGUUUUCCCAGAUGCUCCUCUAUUGAACGGCAAGGACUUCGAAGAGUUGAGUUUCAGACAGAAAGUCUGGCUUUUGAAAACAGUCUGUGAUACGGUCAUGCAUACUCGGAAAACUGUGCAAGAAGAAAUAGCUAAACAACCGUGGAAGGAUCAGUUUGAAACAUUUCUAGGCACUGAUCGUUACGGAGCAAAAUAUAUUUAUUUUCCGCAGUUCCUUAAAACAGAUCUGAGAGUUUACAGGCAUUGUUUGGAUAAUAAAAUCUUGUCCACAAUUAAACCUGUCAAGGCAGAAGCGAAACCACAUCCAGACAGCAAACCAACGAAACAGGCGGAGUCAACGUGGAAAAAAGUUAAACAGAGAAAACGGAAACGGUGGAGUAACGGUUUACCUCCUAAAGCUAGGAAGAAGGUAAACAAGUGCGACGAGAAGAAUCUAAACGAUUGCAAGUGUAUUAGUGAUAGUACGGCAGACUCUUUGAUAAACGAGGACACAAAUCUGAGUAGUACAAGCACCUGUAGUAAUAAUAACAAUAGUAAUAGUAAUAAUAAUAACAUUAAUUUAGACAUAAUAAAUGGGAAAAGGUCGAGAAGUUUGUCGAAGUGUUCGGAAAUGAGCGUGGAGUCCGAUAGAACGCACUGUAAAAAUGUAAAGUCAACGAGUGGUUACGAUACGAGUAGUUCCGUUGGGACCGUUUCCGACGAGAAGUCACCUCAAAAAAUGUUCAAAGGAUUCUCAAGUAGUAGUAAGGAUAAUUGUAACAUAGAAAUUAUUAGUAAUAUGUUCAGUGAUUUGAAGUCUGAUGUAAUCGAAAGCAAAGUGGACAUGCCUGACGGGUCUGCGUCUUCCCAAGGAAAUUUAGAGAUAAACUCGACGAGGCAAUAUUUAGAAACUAUUAAUGAGCUCGUAGACAAAUGCGAAUCCGUGGAUAAUUUAACCAGUGUAUCGAAGACGGACGAUGAGAAGUUAAAUGAAAUGAUCAACGCGAAAUGUUUGAAGAUGGAGGACAAUAGUUCCAACAGUUUUCAAAUAUCGACCACAUUGAAAUCUGACGAUGAGAAAUUGAACGAUACCAAGAGCAAUCUAAGCAUGGCACACGAGGAUCACAGAAGUUUUGUAACGGAGAACGAUACGAAAGAGAUUAUCAAGCAAAAUGGGCAGCUUAUAGAAGAACAGAAACUAAAUAGUUUGGAUCGCGAGAGUAAGACGUCAAAGUUAUCGGUGAAACUUAGUAAACUCGAGGAUGAUAAUACAGAAUCAGAUGAAGAUACGGAUUUCUCUUUGAGCGAAUUGAGAAGCAGAUUGCAGAAAGAAGCAAUGGAGGAGAACUUUCCUAUGGACAAGGAAAGUGAGGUUGGAUACAAUCUUAGAAAUGCAAAAAAUGUAAACACGGAUGUUUGGAAACAGGAAACGGAGAAUUUCAAUGAGAUGUUAUCAGAACUUAGCGUUUCAAAUUUUCAACUGAUAGCUGACAGUGUGAGCUCGUUCAGAGACCUCAUAUCUACGUUUUCGGGGAAACCUAACGCUCAAAACCCUGGUGAUAACAAGUCUGUGCAUGCUUCUGAAGCGAAGCUCGUUAAAAAGAUGACAGAAUUGCUUUCCUCUCUGGAGGAAAUGGAAUCAGCUUUGCACGAUUCAAUGAAGAAGGCUAGAAGCAAACUCCACAAAGAAUGGACGAACUUUAACGAAGGCAGUGUGGAGGAUCAGGACUCAUCUGGGGAGGGUCUCGGCUCUAAUUGGUGGGUUCUUGGAUCGCAGGGCUGUCCGUUGCCAACACCCGGAGAAGCAACAUUACAAACGUUACCGCAGUCUACCUUAUCCCCAACUGGUUCCAACGUCGCUUCUACUGCAAACAAGGACUACCAAGAAGAGCGCGCCAACUCCGCAGAACCCAGUAAAACCGACCAACAGGAAGACAAAGAACGACAGGACAAAAGCUCUGAAAACGAAGCGCAAAGAUGUGAAUUCGAAAAUGGCGACGACAAUAAUCAAGGGAGUACAGCAACUGGAGAAGAAAAAGAAGAUCCCACUGAAGAAGAAGAACAACAAAAUCGAAGAGUGUUGCGGGCCCGCGGCAUCUCCUCAUACACAGAACAGCUCUACUCAGACGAUGAGAUCGAGGAGAAGGAGCUGGAUGAAUGGGCCGAUGUUGAGGCAGUUUACGCAGCUCCCAGCGCACAGGUCGGUGCACCCACUGCAUACUUUGCUCCGAAAAUCAAACAGCCUGACGACAGGAACAACGAGGAGGACUCAGACCAAGAUUGGAUACUACCGAGCUCUCGCAAAAGGAAAAAUAAACGUCCAUCUGCCAAUCGGAGAUUAAAGUCAUUCCAGCAGAAGUUACAGAGUAUCAAAGUCAACGAGCUACAGGAAGCUGCGGAGUCGACAGUGGCUACUUCCUCAAACUCACCUACCGACAAGGAUCAACCUAAAGUUAAAGAAAUUCAGGUAUCCAAACCAAAGAAGCUAGAAGAGCCGUGUCCUUUUGCUGCGAACAGUUCCACAGAGAAUGCUGAGGAUAUGGUGGAGAAUGAUCCUAAAGAAACAGUGCCUUCCACGGAACCAGUCUGCAAAGUUGAGAAUAUUGAAAGCGUGCAUUCGGAGUUGGACAUCAAAGAUGAGGGCCCAAUCUAUGAUUACCCGCCAAACCAUUCUGCUAAUAGUUAUGCCGCGAAUCUCAAUCCAAAUUACGUGAUGGUCAAAGCUGACCCUAACCCUAUGAACUAUUAUGUAAUGCCGUCAAGCAUGGUACCGCCAAGUGCUAUAAUGCAGCCUGGUAGCCCUAUAGUGUCUAACAUCGUACCACCUAUACCACAAGGCUAUUACAUGCAGGGUGGUCAGAAUUACAUAAUUCAACAUCCGCAACCCGGUUUUGUUCCUGCCCAAACGUUUCAGCCUCAAGGGCCUCAAAUGUUGGCACCCCAGCAAUUUGUAACUCAGCCAGGUUACGUGCCAUACAUGGUAACAGCAACGCAACCACAGCGUGGGUAUUUAACAAGUGAUCCUCAGCUUUUAAAUCAAGGAAUACCUCAAAAUCCUACAAACGCGAUGCCCCCUAAUCAAUCUCUACCGACUAGAUCACCCCAUAUUAGAUAUCAAGGGUCGAGACAAGCAUAUCCACAUCCCAAUGGCGCGGUUAUCAGAAGUAGCAUGCCUAUCAGAGGGAAUUUACCGCGGGGCGGUUACUCUAGAAGAAAGAUCGUUCAACAACAACAGCAACAACAGCAGCAGCAGCAGCAACAACAGCAACAACAACAACAACAACAACAACAGCAGCAGCAACAACGCGAUACGCCAAUUAAGGCACAGAAAUUAAGAAAACCCAUUGCUCCUGCAGAGAGCAUCGGCCAGAAGACUACUUCUUUAAUUGUCCUUAGUGAUAGCGACGAUGAGAUUGAAAUGAUCAUCACCGAGAAAACGGGUACUGAGGCUGAAACAACGAGGACAAAGGCGACAUUGCGUAAAACUCCGAUUCAGAAGAAGUCUACCGUUACCUCAGAAGUCGCAGUAACUAAGCCAAAGAGUGCCAUUUCUCCGCAAAUAAUGCAGCGUAUGAGCCAAGGAGGCAUCUCGAUAACGCCUGUGAAACCCGCGCAACCAGUUCAGAAUACAAACACUCAAUUGGUGGUGGUUGUCAACGAAACUGGAAGCCAUUAUGCCUUAGCACUGCCCAACGGAAGCAAGCUCAUACUGACCCCUGAACAAGUGGCGCAGAUAAGAGCUUCGAACGGCGGAAAACUGAUUUUGUAAAGCACGAUUCAAUUUAAUCGAAACGAGAACGCGAUUAAAGAAAAGAAUUCUCACGAACGACAAUGCCAGUACUUUGUUAAAUGAAGUGGAUAAAAUUGAUACGGCGCGAUCUCUUUCCCACUUACGAAUACACCUUUAAAGCCGAUGUUCCUACUGUUUUAUAACAGAAUGUAAUGCCCAUGUGCCCUCUUACGCAUGGUGUCUCGGUUCGUACAGAACGUUCAAGUACAAGAUGUUAUUGAAAUAUCUUUUAUUACAUUUUGAUGAUUACCGCACUGUUGGACGAACACGUACCGUGAUUAUUUCAAAUUAUCCUUUUAUGAUUUGAAGAUAUCAUUGGAAGUAAAUGUCUACUACCUUAUGUACUUCAAGAGUAUAUAGCACACAUUUGAUUUUAUUAAAUCGUGUCUGAAGAUGUACGAAACGUUUCCGUUUGCACUUGAAAAGUUAUAAAAUGAUUAUAGUGAUACCCUGAGACCUGUGAUGCCUAUAUCAAUUUUUAUAUAUUUUUGUUAUAUCAAGUCAAAGCAAUAUUGGUACGCUAAGCUGUACGAAUGUAAUGGAAAUUCUAAUGGAGCACCGAUUACUUUCAGUGUAAGAGCAAAUGUGAUAUACUUGUAAUUCGUGAACAUCAUUUUCUAAGAUACAAGUAUCUUAUUUUACAUAAUUUCAAAUGAUAUGACAAGCGUUUGCUUGUCCAUCGGUCGUCUAUAAAUUAAUAAAUUGAAUUUUUAUUGUACAAAAGAGAACUUGUGUUAACAGUAACAGUGGCUUUCUUUGUACUCUUCGUAGAGUACAUGGUAAAUGUUAAUUUAUGUGUUGUCCAGCUUCGAAUGACAUCGCAAGUAUUAAUAUUAAAUUAGUAUGCAUUUCUUAGACCAGUGAUAGUAAUGUAAAUAAGUUAUUCACAUAGAAUAAUGUGUAAAAUUAAUGCUUGUGAUCUAAGAACCUGAAAAUAUUAUAAAAUUUAAUAUUAAAACCAUUAUCGAAAUGCACUAUACAUUUUACUACUUAAAAAUUUUGUAAUAUGGCUCAUUAAAAGUUGUGAAAUAUGUGGAAUAUUAUACUUUUAAAUUUAUCUUAAUAAUGUUAACUUCCAUACACACAUCAUUAAAGACAAUGAUAUAAAUAUACAAUUAACUAUUUUCAUUAAUUGUCAAAGUUAAAUUAUUAUUAAUUAUAAUUUUUAUAUAUAAUUUAUUAUUUGAUGAUUCCGUUGUUAAUGUAAAUUGUUGAUUUUAUUCUGUAUUUAACUGUAUGAGUUCUCAUAAGGUGUAGAUGAAUACUUCCUACACUACAUUAAAUACAACGUAAAUUUAUAAAAAAUCUUUGUACCAUCAAAAAAUGAAAUUAACUACGAAAAUAUUGUCUGGAACAGAUUAUGUGUAUAUAUAUAUAAAAUUCUUUAAUAUAUUGUACAUAUUAUAUACGCAAUUUAUUUAUUCACAUAUAUUACUUUAUUUCUUUACAAUGCCUUAUGCUUAUGUUACAAAUAUAUUACAAAACAUAUGUUCAAAUACCUUUAUACAUUUCAUAAUGAAUAGGAACGUUAAAUAUUUUACUAAAAAUGAGUAUACCCUUUUAAAUGUAAAUUACAAGAGAAGAAAAUAUAUAUAUAUAUAUAUAUGACCAACAUCAGACUUUUAGAGCAUUAGCAAGGAACUAAAAUUAUUUACAAGAAUAUUAACAGCGCGUCAAGUGACAUUACCACGAUCGUUACCAAUUGGAAGUGUUUAGAAUGCAAUAAAAGUUGAUAUCAUUUAACUGGCAGAUUAAUUACAAUAAAAGCUUGCAACGAAUGAAGAAUUUAAUCUACGAAUUCGUGUAACUCCGUGAAAUCAAUUCAGAAAACAUCUGCAAGAAAUAUUUAUGAAGAAUUUUCCUGAACGAUUUAGACUUUAAAUUUGAUUUUUGUCUUUCUGUAUAUUUUUGUCAAAAGAUAAAAAUCUCGACAGGCGUGCCCCAUUAUAUGGCGUGUCACUUCCUGGUGGAUGCAGCCUCAUCUAAAACAAAAACACAGUUUUGAAAUCAUCGUGUACUUCAAAAUGAACAAAAAUAAAAGCGAGAAACGUUGGAAAGAUAUAC